CCGCCUCCUCUUGUAUGAACGAAUUUGGCGCCAGAGUUUCUGGACGGAAAGUCGCGAGAAUUAGCAAAACAAGCUGAUUUACCGAGCCUGCAGCGGGACUGAGGGGAUUUUUAUGUGUUUUUGAGAUUUUAGGAUGUUUGUUACCGAUAUUAGGAAAGAGUUUUAUGAUGUUGUGGUUAAUCAGCGAGUGGCCCUGCUUGUGUCCGCGGAUAUUGACGCGCUGUGUGCCUGUAAAAUACUGCAGGCCUUGUUUCACUGUGAUCAUGUCCAGUACACUCUUGUUCCUGUGACAGGCUGGCAGGACCUUGGCACUGCUUUCCUGGAACAUAAGGAACAGUACCAGUAUUUUGUCCUAAUUAACUGCGGGGCAAACGUGGACCUGCUUGAGACUUUACAGCCUGAAGAGGACUCUGUCUUCUUCAUUUGUGAUACCCACAGGCCUGUUGAUGUUGUCAAUGUUUACAAUGACACCCAGAUUAAGCUGCUGAUUAAACAAGAUGAUGAUCUUGGAGUGCCCUCGUAUGAUGACAUUUUCCGUGAUGACGAAGAUGAGGAUGAGGACGGUGAUGGAGGGGAUUCUGGGAAUGAAAGCGAUGGCGGGUCUGAGCCAUCUGGUAAACGGCGGCGGUUUGACGAGGGUGCGUUGGAGAGGAGAAUCGAAAGGCAGCGUGCAAAGAGGGAGUGGGAAGCUCGCAGGCGGGAGAUUCUGUUUGACUACGAGCAGUAUGAGUAUCACGGAACUUCGGCUUCUAUGGUUAUGUUUGAGCUGGCCUGGGUUAUGACCAAAGACACGAAAGAUAUGCUUUGGUGGAGUAUUAUUGGUCUAACUGAUCAGUGGGUUCAUGAUAAAAUCACCCAUAUGAAGUACGUAACAGACAUUGCUACUCUGCAGAGGCAUGUCUCUCGUCAUAACCAUCGCAAUGAGGAUGAGGAGAACUCUCUCUCUAUCGACUGUAUGAGGAUCUCCUUCGAAUAUGACUUGAGACUGGCUUUGUACCAGCACUGGUCGCUGUAUGAGAGCAUCUGUAAUUCCUGCUACACCUCUUGUAGUUUUAAACUCUGGUCCAUCAACGGUCAGAAAAAACUGCAAGAGUUCCUGGCAGAUAUGGGUCUCCCACUCAAACAGGUGCGACAGAAGUUUAAUUCCAUGGACCUGUCGAUCAAGGAAAACCUGCGCGAGGUCAUUGAGGAGUCCUCCAAUAAAUUUGGAAUGAAAGACAUCCGUGUACAGACAUUUAGUGUGCACUUUGGCUUCAAGAACCGUUUCUUGGCCAGUGAUGUGGUACAUGCUGCUGCAGCCCUGCUGGAGAGCGUUGAGAAGGAUGAGGGCGCUACAGAUAACUUCAUCAAAGCCCUGGACUGCCUGUCGAGGAGUAACAUAGAGAAACUGCAUUUGGGAAUUGAUCUAGCUAAGAAAAAACUCAAGGCCAUUCAGCAGACGAUAGCCAGCUGUAUCUGCACCAAUCUUAUUCUCUCACAAGGACCCUUUCUUUACUGCCAUUUACUUGAGGGUACUCCAGAUGUGAAGCUGUUCUCCAAGCCUUUGGCCCUGACUCUGCUCUGCAAAUACUUGCUUAAAGCAUUUGUUUGCUCAACCCGGAAUAAGCGCUGUAAGGUAUUGCCGCUCAUUAUGGCUGCCCCUAUGGAUGUAGAGAAGGGCACAGUGAUCGUCUUGGGCAUUCCUCCAGAAUCUGAGACUUCUGACAAGAAAAACUUUUUUGGAAGGGCUUUUGAAAAGGCAGCUGAAAGUACUAGCUCCAGGACCCUGCAUGAUCACUUUGACACCUCAAUUAUCGAGCUGAAAAUGGAGGACCGAGGAAAGUUUCUUGACGCACUCAUCACCCUCCUGUCAUAAUCCCAGGAGAGCUUGCAGGAAGCAGCCAUCAAACACAACCUAUCAGAAUGCCAUUAAAUUAAGAUAUAUAUGUGUGCCUGUGCUGAAGUUCCCACAUCUGCCUUAACCCGAGGACUCACGCAAAAACAUGCACACAGCCCCUCUAUGAAUGGAAUUUUACGCGUCUGGAGAGCAAACGUGAGAUUUGCCAUGUUUCCAGUCAGUUUGGUGCCAAAUUCAUCUCAGAGCUCUGGUCUGUGUGCAGUGAGAGCUGCCCUCCUGAAGACCUCGGCCACUGGCUGGGCACCAGUUUCUACUCUGUAGAUGUGGUCAUGUGAUGGCAGGCAGUCACACCCUGCAUGUGUAAUAUACUGUACAGUCUUUUUAUUGUGUGUUGUAGUGGUGUUUUGUCUGUUUUACAUGUAUGUCUAUGUAUUCAUUAAUAAAUGAAGUUUUAUUGACAAUAGAA